AUGCCAGCUUUCACUCUUUAUGGCGGUCGUGGUUCAACCAACACCGAUCGGGUCCUCCUGACUCUCGCGGAGGGCAGCUUUACGGACUUCGACCUCGUGCUUCUCAAUCUUGGAAAAGGGGAGCAGAAGUCCGCAGAAAACAUGAAACGUCACCCGUGGGGGAAAAUACCCGCCAUAACUCUCCCCGAAGGAUUCACUCUCUACGAGAGUCGCGCCAUCUGCAAAUAUCUCGCCAGGAAGUACUCCUUUCCACUUCUACCAUCGGAGGCCGACGUCGAAGCCACAGCGCUGUUUGACCAGGCAGAGUCCGUAGAAAUGGCCUACUUCCAAGAGUCUGCAGGGAAAAUCGCAUUUGAGAAAUUCGCCAAAAAAUUCAUGGCGCUGCCUCCCAACGAAUCGGUGGUCUCAGAUGCACUGCGGUCGGUGGAGGCGUACUUCGACGUUGCAGAACGCCUCUUACAACACAAAGACUACAUGGCUGGAAACAAAUUCACUCUCGCAGAUAUCUACUACAUCCCGCUGAUCCAAAGACUGUUUGCCUGCGGGUAUGGUGAGGUCAUCCGCAGUCGCAAGGCUGUGAGUGCUUGGUGGGACCGCUGCACGAGUCGACCAGCCAUACAAAAGAUGUUGGCAGCUGACAAGGAGGCUGCGGCUGCUCCUAGAAAAUAA